AUGGUCAUGGUGGGUAGGGAUUAUGGGUGUGGUGGAUAUGAGUUGCGGUGGGUGGAGAAAAGGGGGCCAGAUUUGGAGGAGGAGGAAGAAGAUGAAGGGGAAGCUAGGGUUUUUCGUGGGUUUGCUUCUUCUUCCCUUCUUCGGCGGUUGGUGGUGGUGGAGAGAAAGGGGAGAUUAGAGGUGCGUGGUUUUAGCUCAUCACUUUUUGAGUGGUCUACCCAGGCUUUGCUCUGUUUGGAAGAGGAAGAGGAGGAAGAAGAGGCUGGGAAUAGGGUUGAGAUAUGGGGUAAUUGGGUUGAAAGCUUCAAGCAACAUAUAUCACUAGAGGUGUGGAAGCAUUACAAGAAACCUACUGAAGUGCUUGAUAGGGGUGUCUUGAAAACCUACCACCAUGGGAAUGCUAUGCUUGGGAAUGAUAAGAAGAAGCAUAAGGAUGUGUUAAAAUGCUUUUCGACUUAUGUAAAGGGAAGGGUUGUGGCUGCUGGUCUAUUGCCUUUGUUGACAUGCAACCUUCCCUCUGUUGACAAGACCAUGCUAACAGCGUUUGUGGAGAGAUGGCAGCCGGAUACAUCCUCUUUCCAUAUGCCAUUUGGGGAGAUGACCAUCACACUGAAUGAUGUUAGUUCUUUGCUACACAUUCCUGUGAAGGGAAAAUUCUUCAUUCUCCCAGUCCUGACUCGUGAGGAAGCAGCCACUGUAUUGCAUAAACAGCUUGGUGUUACACAAGCAGAUGCUGAAGAGGAGAUUCGGAAGUCCUUAGGACCUUAUGCUCGUUAUACAUGGUUGUUGAAGGUGGUUGAGGACAAGGCUAAGGAAGGGAAGACCAAGAAAGCUGCUAGAGCCUUCUUGCUGCGUUUGGUGGGCAUGACGAUCUUCUGUGGGAAGACAGACAACAAGGUGGAUGUUGCAUAUUUGGGGAUGUUCAUGGAUUUGGAAAAGGUUGGGGAGUAUGCAUGGGGCGCCAUGGCAUUGGCUUUCCUUUAUGACCAGCUGAAGGAUGCCACCAAGGUCUGCACCACUAGUCUUGGAGGAUACUUAAAUCUGUUUCAGGCAUGGAUAUUUGAGCACUUAUCUGAUUCAUUGUUUGAUAGAAACCUGAACAGGAAAUAUAGUGAGAAAGACCCGCGAGCUUGCAAAUGGGUCACCAAGAGGUGGACUGUGGACCUACAUACGAAGAGGCUAAUCCUAGAUGACCUUAUGGAUAACAAUGUUAUAUGGACUCCAUAUGACGGGCAUAGAGUGGAUUGGCCCUUUCAGCAGGAGUGUCUUUACAGUGGGUGGAUUCGGCAUUCAGGCAUCAUCCGGCCAUAUCUGCCAGAGCGUGUGUUGAUGCAGUUCCAUAUGCUCCAGGAUCAACCCAAUUUACCACCGGCAAACAUUCCCCCUGUUGAGGAUAUUGAUGAGAGGUUUGAGAACAUGACUCAUUGCGUGGCUGCACAACAUACUGACACUCCAACGACAACACCUCACUACUUUGAGUGGUACAAGUCAAUCUCACACCGCUUUGUGGUCCCUCCUAAAACAAGAGGUCCUGUGGCAGUAACUCUUGUGGAUGUUCUCGAACAAUUACGGGAGUUGAGUGAUAUCACAGUUGACCCCAGUGAGACCCCUCAGCGGAUCCUCGAGGCAAACCAGCGUAUGCAGGAUAUCAUAAUGCAGCACUUGGAGUAUGGAGGUGAUGAUGAUGACAGUGGCAGUGGCAAUGGAGUUGCACUUCAUGGUGGUGGUGGCCCUGACAGAAAGAAGAAAGGAAAAUGUUCCAUGAGAGUGCGACGUGUAACACCCAAACAAUGUUUCAUGCCAGGGUCCCUGUACACGACACAAGUUCUGAAUUAA